ACCACCACCAAGACGUCGGCACUCCACAUAGACACACUUUAUUUCAACGUCAACUCCGUUACUGUCCCCUCCCUCUCCAGUGCGGCUCCACUCACCGACAUCUCAACCUCAACCUUACAAACACAUCCUUGUCUCAACCAAAACCUGAGAAGCUCAAGAUGACAGUCACCACGCCCAACUCUUCUAAACCACCAUACCAGCACGAGCGUCAUAUUGCCGAGCUAGCCGUGCAACGCGCUUCCCUCCUCACGCGCCGCGUCCUCGCCGGCAUCCUCAACCCUUCUUCCACUUCUACAUCUUCAACCUCCACUUCCGGUACCUCGACACCACAACUUCAUCAUGACGACCACCCCGACCGCCGCGUCAGCGUCGCUUCCAUCUCCAAGCCCGACUUCUCCCCCGUGACCGCCGCCGACUUCGCCGUGCAAGCGCUCCUCACCGCCGCCAUCCGCGCGCACUUUCCGACCGACGGGUUCAUUGGCGAAGAGGACGCCGAUGCUUUGCGCGGGGAUCCGGUGCUGGCCAGGCAGGUAUUUGAUCUGGUUCGGUCUUGCGCCUCCACCGAGUCAGGUGAUGAAGCACUCUCACCAGCACUCCCGCAAACCAUCCCCGAGAUGCUAUCCCUCAUUGACCUAGGCGGGCGUGGCACCGGCUCACCCACCGCCCGCUUCUGGGCUAUGGAUCCCAUCGACGGCACGGCGGCGUUCAUGCGCGGGCAGCAGUAUGCUGUGAGCCUGUGCUUGAUUGAGGGUGGACGGGAAGUGGUUGGCGUUCUGGGCUGCCCCAACCUCGGCAUUACUCUCCCCUCUUCCUCUUCCUCUUCCUCUUCCGCUUCCCCGCAAGCCAACAUUUGCACAGCCACGUACAUAAUCUCCGAGGAAAGCACCCCAUCCCCUGACGCUCAGGAUGAACAACAAACAACAAACGGCAUCCUCCUCAGUGCCGUGCGCUCCCAAGGCGCUACUAUCCGGCCCAUCGCCGACCAGACUUCCCAAACGGACCUUCUCCCCGCAAUUUCCCUCACCAAGUCCUCCUCCAUCACUAAAAAUCCCCAAACCACCCCACCAGACAUGUCCAACCUCCACUUCAUCGACUCCCUCUCCACCCCCGCAACCUCUUCCUCCCUCGUCGCCCGCGUCGCCACCUUAGCCGGCGUACCCAAUUACUCCUUCCCCGGCACCGAGCUGUACUCGUCACACAUGCGAUACGUAGCCAUGAUCCUUGGCGGGCCAUCGCACGUGCAAGUGCGCAUCCCCAAGCCGAGAACCAAGGCCACCUAUAUCUGGGACCACGCGGGCGCACAGCUGAUUUACGUCGAGGCGACGGCGGGGAAAGGGAAGGUGACGGAUCUGUGGGGGAGGCCAAUUGAUUAUGGACGGGGAAGGAAGCUGGAUGGGAAUUGGGGGGUGAUUACCGCACAUGAAGAGGUUUCUGGGCGCUUGUUGGAGAUUAUGCCCAAGUUCCCGGCCUCUUUUCGGUUGGUGCUUCCCGAUGUUCGUGGAUCGGUAGCUCCUGCAGACUCUCACCAUAUUGCACAUCCCGUUCCCUGAGUUUCUCCAGCAUAAAGUCCCGUAACGUAUGGGCCGACGCUUCCUUCAACUGAUGCGUAGAUGCCACUGGCUUCCGCAGUCCACCCACAAACGA